AUGCCGCAAAUUCAGUUACGCCUUAGGACGCCAAGCGGGCAAACCCGCCUUGAAGUCGACGACGAGUCCAUCUUGGAGGACCUGGUGGCCCAGAUAAGGACGGCCACCAAGAUCGACAAGUUCUCGCUCAAGUACGGCUACCCCCUAAAAGAUCUCGACAUCAGCGCUGAAGCGCAAAAGGCCACUCCGCUCAAGGAACUCAAGCUGCGCGGUGAGACCAUUGUGGUUGCUCCUCUGGAAAGUGCUGCUCCUUUACCGGCGGCUGAGCCAGAAAAGCCCAAAUUUACACCAAAAGGCAUCGAGCCGGAUGAGACGUCCAUCGAGUGGCCCGAAAGGGGCGGAUAUCUUGUCCUCCGUGUAAUGCCCGACGACAACAGCUGCAUGUUCACAGCAGUAGGCGGCGCCCUCUCCAUCGCCAACCCCUCCUCCGUCCUCCGCCGCCAAGUAUCCGACUACAUCCUCUCCCACCCGUCCCAAUACACCGCCGCGAUCCUCGGCUCUCCUCCCGCCAUCUACGCCUCGCGCAUGCUGCAGUCCGACGUCUGGGGCGGCGCCAUCGAGCUCUCCAUUUUAUCCGACAUCUACAACAUCGAAAUCUCUUCAAUCGACGUCAAGAGCCUCCGCGUUGACCGGUUCGGCGAGGGCAAAUCCCUUAGGAUCCUAAUCUUGUACUCGGGCAUUCAUUAUGAUCGCAUCGCCCUCGCCAUGGAUUUGUCUUAUCCCGUGGAGGUGGACGUGACGAAGUGGAGCACGGAGGACGAGGAGGUGUUGGAUAAAGCGAGAAGGCUGGCGGAGCAGUUGCAGCGGAUGCAUUAUUAUACGGACACGACGGAUUUUGUGAUCAAGUGUGAGAUGGACGGGUGUGGAUGGAUUGGACAGGGGACGAAGGAUGCGGCGAGGCAUGAGAGGGAGACGGGGCAUGGGAGGUUUGGGGAGAUGGAGAUUAAGUGA